GAAGUUUUGACAUUUGAAGUUUACACUUUAGCGCAUCUCCUUUGCCAUUCGCAUUAGUACGUAAGUUUUGGACUGAUUUUCUGAAUCCACGUGUUCUACUGUGUGAUACAAUUCUUUCUCCGACUACUAGACAUUUGAAUUUAUUUACGUUAACAUGGGUCGAAUGGGAAGAAAAAGUAAGCGAGAAAAAAAGAAUGAGAAAACGGGAGACCUAAGUUGGGGAACCAAAAACAAACGCGAAGGAUAUGAUGUAGUUGUCAAAGAAAAUCCAGCGUUUGAAACUUAUUACAAAGCCCAAAAAAUUGUUCCUCAGGAUGAGUGGGAUUCAUUUAUGUCUCAUUUUAAAGAGCCACUACCAGCAUCAUUUAGAAUUUCUGGGCACCGUAACCAAGGAAAAGCAAUCUUGAAGAUCAUGGAAGGGGAAUAUUUUAAGGCGUUAACUGAAGAGCAAGCAAAACCUGAAUGUCUUUCUUGGUAUCCCGAAAAUCUUGCAUGGCAGUUAAGUCUGACUAGAAAAGAUAUCCGUAAAUCGGAAGCCAACGUGAAACUUCACAACUUUUUGGUGUCUGAAACAGAGGCAGGAAAUAUAAGUCGGCAAGAAACUGUGAGUAUGAUUCCACCAUUGGUACUUGAUGUCCAACCUCAUCACAAGGUCUUUGAUAUGUGUGCGGCACCAGGCUCCAAAACUACGCAGCUAGUAGAAAUGUUGCAUGCAGAGGAGGGAAAAAUACCAGAAGGUCUGGUGAUAGCAAACGAUUCAAAUAACAAACGGUGCUAUCUCUUAACUCAUCAGUUGAAGAGAUUGCCAAGUCCUAAUUUAAUAAUAACCAAUCAUGAUGCUUCAAUUAUGCCCAAUUUCCAUAUGCCUACGCCCGGUGGAGGAAAAGAAAUUCUGAAAUUUGAUCGUAUUUUAUGCGACGUACCUUGUUCUGGAGAUGGUACUUUACGUAAAAAUUUUGAUGUUUGGAUGAAAUGGAAUGCAGCCAAUGGAGCAAGUCUUCACGGUUUACAGUAUCGAAUUGUGCGCCGAGGAGCUGAAAUGCUUACCGUGGGUGGAAAAAUGGUCUAUUCAACAUGUUCACUGAAUCCCAUUGAAGACGAAGCAGUUCUUCAUCGUUUAUUGGCCGAAGCGAAAGGAUCUUUAGAAUUGGAAGAAGUGAGCGAAAAGCUACCGGGACUCAAAUUUGUUCGUGGUUUAUCUCGCUGGAUCGUUAUGUCCCGUGAUUUGACUGCCUAUUCAACACCGGAAGAAGUUCCUGAAUCCAUGAAGCACAUUCUACGUGCAUCACUAUUCCCACCAAAAGUUGAAGAUGCUGAUAAAUUUCACCUGGAAAGAUGUUUACGGAUUCUGCCACACCAUCAGAACACGGGUGGAUUUUUUGUUUCCGUAUUGAAGAAGGUUGCCCUACUUCCAUGGGAAUCGCAAACAGAAAGAAAACCCGUUCCUGAAAUUUCUUCUGCUGAUAGUCUGGUGAUGCCAGUUGAAUCAGUGGAGUCAGGAAGGGACAACGAGCCCCGCUCGCCUGCACGGAAGAGGCAAAAAAUCCGUGGAUUUAAAGAAGACCCGUAUCUUUUCUUCGACGAAGAUGAAGAGUUGUGGCCCCCAAUCAAAAAAUUCUAUGGGUUGAAUGAUGAGAUGGACCCCAAGUUACUAUUAACUCGCUGCAAAGAGGGGAAGAAGAAGAAUAUCUACUUCACCAGUCCUACCGUUCGGGACUUGACUAGAAUAAAUGUUGACAGAUUAACGAUCAUAAAUACAGGAAUUAAGAUGUUUGCACGCAGUGAUAACAAGGGUGCUGACUGCGGCUUCCGAAUCGCGCAGGAGGGUGCAUUGGCCCUCAUGGAGUACAUGACGAAACGGCGAGUGGUCGUCACAAAGGAAGAUAUGAUUCUGAUGCUUUUGAAUGAUGAUAUGGACACACCACCUGAAAUCCACAAAUUUAGUCCUGAUGCAGCUAAACAAUUGCACGAGAUUGAAACUGGCAGCACGCUGAUGGAGUGUUACGAAGACGGACUUCACAUAGUUGUGGUCGCUUGGAAGGGGAAAACUUCGGUCAGAGCGUACGUCGCGAAGUGUGAUCGCAUCCAUUAUUUGCGCCUGUGUGGAGCUGACCUCUCCAAAUUUGAGGUAAACAAAUUUGCUGUCAAGGACAAUGAAGUCGCCAACAACCCCGAAGAAAACGACCACAAUGACGAAACCCUCAUGAAUACAGAGAACGUUGCCAAUGAAGAAAAAAUGGUUCCGAUUAAGAAGGAUGUUACCCAGGAAAUAGCUGUCGAAGAAAAUGUUUCUGAAGUUGUUACCCAAGAAAUUGCUGUUCAAAAAAGUGGUUCAGAAGAUGACGUUAACCAAGAAAUCACGGGAGAAACGGUAGUUUUAGAAAGUGUAGAUGCCCAAAACGACAAAACACUUUAAUUGUGGAAGUAAAUACAGAUAACGAAGACAUGCAUUUCGGUUAACUUUGUAUUAUCGGAUAUUUCGUUAUCAAUAAACACACAUAUGCUCAGAGGCAGGGAAACAA